UCACCAAUCGUCUCGUUCGCCUGGUCGGUGAUCGGUCGAAGUUCGUAUACUCUUUAAGUCUUUAGAAGUUCGAACGAAUGGAAUGAGCAAGCGGCGAGACUGGCAUUUGUGCGUGAAAUUAUACAAGUUUUUGUGUGAACCAAUGCUUUUUUCUCAAAAUAAUAAAUUCUCCCGGUGACCCUUCGAGUAUAUGUGUUAUUAAAGCUUCCAGUGCCGACGACAGAAUGGUGUGUCGUUUCAAAUAAAGCGUUUGUGUCUUAAAAAUUUAGUGACUGGUUCGGGGUGGUAUCCUGGUUUUGUUUCGUGCCGUGUAAUAAUGGAGCUUCCCGCUAACGUCGGAAUUUAAAACAUCUGAGGUUGCCCGGGAUGGAUGAGGGUCUACUUAAUGACCUUCUGGAGUGCUCGGUGUGUCUGGAGCGGCUGGACACAUCGUCCCGAGUCCUGCCCUGUCAGCACACCUUCUGUUUGAAAUGUCUCAAGGUGAUAGUAGAGUCUCACAAGGAACUGCGAUGUCCGGAAUGUCGUAUCCUUGUGGAGGCGAAGGUGGAGGAGCUGCCACCGAACGUGCUCCUCAUGAGGAUACUCGAGGGUAUGAAGAAUUCCGCGCCGAGAAAAACAAGCGGCCAGCGAGUUAGAAGUGGACACUCACAGAAUGUAACACAAAUGCAACAGUCGUCUCGUGAGGGCAAGCAACCACCGCCGCACGGACGAGCCAUGUACGACUUCAUAUCUAAGGAGCCGGGUGACUUGUCCUUCAAGAAGGGUGAAACAAUAGUAAUUCAGAAGAAACUCGAUCCGUUCUGGUACCACGGCGAGUGUUCGGGCCGGAGCGGAAUGUUCCCUAUCACUUAUUUACAGGUGAUCGUCCCCCUGCCCGUACCUACGGCGCUCUGUAAAGCACUCUACGACUUUCGAAUGUCAGCGCCCGAUGAGGAAGGAUGUUUAGCAUUUGAUAAAGGUGCAAUAAUAACGGUGCAUCGUAGAGUGGACGAAAAUUGGGCGGAAGGCAGACUUGAUCAAAGGGUUGGGAUAUUCCCCAUCGCCUUUGUAGAACUGAACCAAGCAGCCAGACACCUUAUGAACAGUACACCGCUAAAUCGUCCCGUCCCCCCCAUACCUGAACACGCGAGAGCAGGGCACUCGGAGCACAGGCAUCACACUCAGCAUCCGCACAGAUACCAGCCCAUGUCCGUCUCGAGUCCCAUUUCGGGGCAAAGUCAAGGCAACUACCAGAACCUGGCAACGAUGAGUCAAUCGCAGCCAAACUACCAUGCACAUCCUCAACAACUGGUGACCCAUCACGCCGCCGUCGCGCACGGCGGGCUCGUCUCCGCUGUUCCCAGAACUAUUGAAUCGCACGACGAUAAAAACACAAUCGACUUCAUCAAACAUUUCAUAACUACCCACAAUAAGAAUCAAACAGUGACUGUAGGCGACGACUACGAUAAGAUACGACAAUUUGUCUUGCGGGCCGCGAAGUUUGAUUACAACUCGCACAAAGGUGAGACGACGUACCAGAACGUCAGAGAGCAUUUUCCAGUACAAAGCUUUCCUGGUGUUGCUAACAAUAGUUCGGAUUCUAGCUCUAGUGUGAAUACGCCUUCAGCAGUUGUGGGUGAAAGCUCCACACCCAACACUAGCUCAGAUACUAGCACGUGUGAGAGCGCUGAACAAAGUCUACCCAGCUCUCCCGACAACAACACUCCGCCCUCGCAACCCCCACCAAACCAGAACCAAAACCCCCCACCCACCAACCACGACCCCCAGGAAUCCCUUCUUAAUGCCUCCUUAGGAGUUCUGAGCUUGAACGAGAGCUCCACGGCUACUAAUACAUCUCUAAAUGUCAGUCUACCCUCCGAGAGUCCGAAGAUGAACGUGGUUAGUAGUAAUUCGACACAGAAUAAUGUUGAAAGUCAAGAGAUGAGUAAUGAUGAGGUUCGAAUGGAUACACCGUCGUCUUCAAAGAAUAUAGUAAGGCCGAGCGGUCCUGACUCACUGUUGAAUUUCGGUUUGGGCUUGCAAGCGGCUCUGUCGCCGUCUCAUAAUAAAGACAACUACAUGAUGGUCAGAGGCCACAGAGAUCAACAUCACAGAGAAAGAGAGAAGCGUCACAGUUUGACACCGUCGACUCAUUUACAAGGGAAUCAUACGCAAAACCGACAUUCAGCAGAGAUCCUAGCGACCAGCCUGCUCGAUACAGAGCGGCCGGAGAGCAAAGAGCGACGCAGGCGUCGAUCUCGCAGUACGGAGCGCCCGCUACCCGCCGCCUACGUGGCGCUCUACCCCUACCGCCCGCAGAAACCAGACGAGCUGGAGCUGAAGAAAGGAGGCGUGUAUACCGUGACGGAGCGCUGCCGCGACGGCUGGUACAAGGGCUGCUGUGAACGCGCCGCGCGCUGUGGAGUGUUCCCCGGGAACUACGUGGCGCCGCUCGCGCCGCACCCGCACCGGCCGCGCCACGCCGACAAGGUGACGUCACACUACACGCGCAGUGCGAGUGUCCCCGGGAACUACGUGGCGCCGCUCGCGCCGCACCCGCACCGGCCGCGCCACGCCGACAAGGUGACGUCACACUACACGCGCAGUGCGAGUGUCCCCGGGAACUACGUGGCGCCGCUCGCGCCGCACCCGCACCGGCCGCGCCACGCCGACAAGAGCGUGUCGAGCGCGGCGGUGUCGAGCGCGAAGCCGGCGGGCGCGGCGUGCGCUCCGCCGCCGACCGCCGCCACGCUGGCGCCCCCGGACGCGCCGCCGCGCGCCGGCAGCCCCAACACCGCCGCUCAACCGUUAACAUAUCCAUGGAGUUCUGUACAACCGCAACAAAGUACACCACGGCCUGAAAAGAGUAAAGACAAAACGAAAUCGGAAAAGGGUUCGAUAUCAUCAGGCGUCAGUCUCAUGAAGCGUCUCGCAGCUAUGAAGAAGUGCCGCUCGCCGCCGCCCGGCUACAGUAUGGACAACCCCGUGUUCGACGACGGGCCCGGGACCUCGCUGGUGCCGCCCCCCCAGCACCCCUCACACCCCCAGCACCCCGUGCACGUCAGGUCGGGCUCGUGCCCCUCGCAGCUGCUGCGCGCGCCGCCCGCCGCUCGUCCGCCGCCGCCGCGGGAGCUGCGCGCGCACAGAGGGGCGGCCGAUGUCGAGUGGGCGGGGCACCGUAAGUCCGCCUCGCUGGAUGUAUCGGCGAAACGCGACCGACACUCUGUGCCGGUCAAAGAGAAAUUCCGUUGCAUAGCCCCAUACCCGCCGAACUCCGAGUACGAACUCGAGUUGAAAGUUGACGACAUAGUGCUUGUCUGCAAGAAAAGAGGUGACGGCUGGUACAAAGGAACUCUUCAAAGAACCGGUCGCACGGGUUUGUUCCCCGCCUCCUUCGUACAGAGUUGCCCGCCCGAUUGACGCUAGCGACAUCUACCGGCUAAGCGUAAAUUCGUACGAUCGAUUAAACGUUUCUUACGAUAGGUUAAACGUGUACUUACGACCGAUUAAAGCCUGGUUCCUACGUUCAA